GGUUGCUUCUGCGUCAGUAUCCUUGGUCGGUGGGGAUUGCUUCCCCCAACCCGCUUGUCUCUAAUUUUUCUUUCACUUCUUGAAAAGAAGCUUAAAAAGAGAAAAGCAGAAGAUGAUCAUUUUAUAAAAGUUAUAAAACAUGGAUAAGCAAAAAGAAGAAAAUUAAAAAGCCAAGUAAAAAUAAUAAAACAAAAUAGUAAUUUUGUGAACCGGUGGCAACCAGUUUAACAAUGUGGCAUGUAUCAUUUUAUGUCUGUACUUUUCAAAUGGGCUCGUAUCACACACUGGUUUGCAACACGCAGUUUUUCUUGCACAGAAUAUCGCGAUCACUAGUUGGGUUGAUAGCAUUCUUCCUCGGCACAAUGACGGAUUACCUUCCAGGAGCCUGUCCACUUUCUUUAGUGUGAUUUAUUUAGCAAAUCUUCCACCAGACGCUUGGAUUCUUCCCAGAUUUUCACGUGAACAAACGCCAAAAUGUUUCUCAGUCUGCCGUUUGGCGUCAGAGAAUUUUGACCCUGCCCACCCCUUCAAAACCAACUUGAAGUCCUCUUUGUCUUAUGUCUAGAGCCCCUUCCAGCUUGCUGUGCGCAACAACUCACAAAACUGUCAACGGCACAGGGGAGAGGCCAGACCGUGUCCGAGCCAGGGCGACGGCAGGUCCGUCGUUUCCCCUGCGUAUCUGACCAGGGUUGGCGAGGACCCAGACCCACAAUCACAAAGGCCUCUCCCCAGAGCGUGGAGCUAUGUGCCCAGAAUUCUGCAGGGGGUAGGAUUCUCAGUGGCCUUUGCUACGACCAGGUCUCCUUGAAGGCACCCCUUCCCGCGGGGUACAGGCUGCGGCGUGUGGAUCUCGACCCUGGCCGGGCUUUAGCUCUGCAGUGCACCAGGGCGGAGGCAUGGGGUUAGUCCAGGGUCACAGCUUCCUCCUGCUGCAGCGGGUGGGGGUCGUGGCGCCCCCUCCUCCACCCUAGCCCAUGACUCCAGGACCCCGGAGCCUCUCCUUCCACACACUCUGGAACCUUCAGACCCCGAGACGCCAGCAGCUCAUGGAGAACGAGCAGAAUCCCCACCCCCACCCCAAACCCAGGCGGAUCCCCAGGCCCCCGGACGGGGGCGCAGGGCACAGGCCCGGGUCGUUGGGCGGGGCGCUUGCCCGGAUUGGGAGAAGCCUCGACACUUUGUAGCGACCGUUCCUUUUCCGGCGCCUCCAAGGCGGUGCGGGCAGGUGCGGGCAGAGCACGUGUGCGCGCCGAGCGCAGAAGCCGGGAGCCAGUUCCGGGCUGGGGUGAGCCGGAGGCAUCUGGGUGAAGAGGGGCCCCAGCGGACUCCGGAUGCAGCGCCUCCUGCAGCUGCUGUGUGGCGGGGGCGACGCAGGUCCGCCCCUGGCGGAGCUGGUGAGCUUCACAGGCAGGAUGUGCCGGGAGGUCCAGGACGACCCCGCCCGGGCGCAGCCCUUGGUCACGGCGGUGCUGAGCAGCCAGCUCCGCCUGCACCUCCUGAACAGCGUGGACGUGGCCCUGGUGUGCGCCCGCGUGCUGGCCCAGCAGCAGCAGUACCUGGCCGCCCGCCAUUUGCUAGAGGGAUGCCGGGUGCCAGGAGGCAGCCCCGAGCUGGUGCAGCUCUGGAAUGACAUUCACUACUGUCUGCUCAUGAGGAGGCUUGGCGUGGCCCUGCUGACCCCCGUGCAGAAGUUCAGGUGCAGGAAGAGGAAUCCACCGCCUCCCUUCCUCUGCCCUGACGGCCUCAGAAACCGGAACUUCCCCAGAGAAGUUCGCCAGAAGCUGCAGGACUUUGCCUCGAGAGUGAGCGCCAGCCCCAGCAAGGCCCAGCGGGAGGACCUGGCCUCGGAGACGUGCUUGACCGUGGAGCAGGUCACCAACUGGUUUGCCAAUUACCGGCGGCGCCAGAGGGCCCUUGUGCAGCAUGCAGCGCCAGCCCAAGAUGCGGUGGACAACCCCAGCGUGACGGGGGCAGGUCCACGCCCUCUGCAGCCUGCAGGCCACCCCCACCUUGGCUCUGGGUGUGUGGACAGGCCUCAGUGGUCAGCAGGACCUGAGGAGAGUGGGCCUGUACAGACCCAGGAGGCCACCCAAGGGCCGUGGGAGCCCCUGGCCCCGACCCCGGACUUCUCUGGAGGUGGGACUAUGCCACAAUCACUGGCUUCCAGGUCUCUGCAGGGUGGUGAGAGGUACCAGCAGGGACCUGGCCACGGUCCUGCCGCUCUCCCCACUGUCCGCCCUAGCCCGGGCCUCUGCCCUCUGGCUGCUGGCAACGACACGCUGGACCCCUCUCUGGCUGCCUCCAAGUCAUGGCUGAUGUCCCGUGCACUGGCGUCCUCCAAGGAAGAUCCCCUCCAGACUGGGCAGCUGGUCCGCGGUCUUGGGGUCGACUUGGCCAUGCACCCCCCAGAUGCUGCUGUGGCUGCGUCCGUCGCUGCCCCCGGUGAGCCCAGCCCCACAGGAUUUGCUGACCCUCCCAGCGUCAACCCCCAGAGCACGUACCUGCAGGAAGGUCCAGGCACCAGCGGUGGCCGGGCAGAGGGACUGGCGCGUGGCUUCUUGGUGACACAGCCCCCAGCGCAGGCUCCCAAAUUCAUCCUUGCCCAGAGGUGCUGUGUCCUGAUGGCCAGGCCUCCAGUGACGCCUGCUGGGGAGCCAGGAUGCCCCUUGAGCAUUCAAGGGGCGGCCUGGGCUGAGCUGCCCUUCAGGAGCCCGGCCGGUGCCCCAGGGGGAGCAUGUGUGGACAUCCAGCAACACAAGUUCAGAGCCUUGUCCCCACUGGAGGGAGGUCCCCAGAGUCCCCUGGGGUCCUGCUGAGAAGCACUGAGGGCAGCUGAGCCCGCUGCCAUGUUGGAAAAGUUUGGUUGGCAACUCCCUAUACUGGAGGCAGCAGCUGAGGUCAGAAGUCAAGGUGGGUCUGUUCUCAGGCAGCAGCUGGCUGCAGCUAGGCUCCUGGGCAGGGCUGGGCAGUGAAGCCCUUCUCCAGAGAGGGAGGUGGCACUGCUGGCCACCCUCUCGCCUGUCCUGUCCUGUGACAAGGCCUCCCUGACUUGGUGAGUGCAGUGUGGGCUGCGUUGGAUAUGGCUGUGCCCGGGGCUUCCUCAGAGGCUCGAGUGCUUGGGGAGAGCCAGCUAGGGUGGGACGGGCCCCUUCCCCUCAGCCUGGGAUUCACUGUGUUUGCUGCACCAAUGUUCUGUUCAAUUAAAAGUUUGAUGUUCUGAACUCCCUCAUUCUCAUUCACUCAAGUGUGUCCUGGACGUCUGGCCCUCUCAU